AUGGACUUGACUCUGAAUCAAGUGUACUGUCAUCAGCGCAGAUUGAUAAUAACUCUUCUUCCUUAUUCCCAGGUGGGCAAAGCUGUUUCAGUGCUUAUUCCUGAAGACAGUCAAUUGGCAGUCGAGUUAUUAGCAGACAACAUUAUCAGAAGAGCUUGCCAGAUACCAGCAACAAGCCCUUAUCUUUUUGCAAAGGGAAAAAACACACUACCGUUGAGACGUCAACGUAAAACAGAUUCUGUUCCAUCAGUUUUCGAGUGGUCUAAAGAAUGUACAGAUGAAUCAAGAUUAAAUCGACGAUUAUCCAGGGAAGACAAUGUCAACAACAACAACACAAGUGAAGAGGUAAUAGUUUUAGACGACGAGUUUACUAUUAAGGAGAUAACAGAAGUUUCAACAGAUGAUAAUGAAUUUACCGAGUCAAAGGAAGAACCAGUAAUAGAGCCUGUUUUUGUUUCAGCUUCAACUCAAUGUAAUCAACCUUUAUUUCACAUUGAAAAAUUUUUUCAUGAUGAUGCUGCUGUUUUAUUUUAUACUGGUCUUUCAAAUUAUACUGAUUUUAUAUUUACACUUAAUAGUUUAG